UCAUGUGAGAUAACAAAAACUACAAGUAGUCUUUACUUUGUCUCCUUUCGAAGAAGAACUACUCGGCGUUUUAGUCAAUCAUAAACACCACAAUUUUCUACCGUCAAUGUGACGCACACCUUCGAAGUUCCAAACUCACUCAUCAGAUUUCUACAAAUUCUUCUGAUCAUGGCGCGCCGGAAGAUCCAAUCUGAGUUGAUUUUGCAAGAAACUAAGGCUUUCCUCAAAUUAUCGGACGCUCUUUACAGAGGUUUAUGACACAGCUAUUGAAUGCGAGAACGAGCCGACCCAGGAAAACUCGAAAUUGUAGGUAACAAAAAAAGAAAAAAUCAUCUUUUUAUUUCUAUUUACUUGCACAAGUUUACAACAACAAGUAAAGGUUGCAUUUUUCUUGGAUGAGAGUCUCUAUCAAAAUGUCUUAUUAUUAACCAGGAAUUAUGAUAUGUCAAAAUAAAAGUUUGAGAAGAUGAUUGACACAAAGACUUUAACGAAGAUGACAAGAGGGUUGUGUAUGUAUGUCGGCCAAUUUGUGCUCUUUCGUGGAAAUACUUUGGCUUUAUACUCUGUUUUACUCACACACACGUUAAUAAGUUGGUAUGGCCUUCACUGUUGAAAAGUAAAAGAUAUCUCAAUAUAUUCAACGUUUGUCACCAUUGUCAAUGAGUUUGGACCGCAUUUAAUUUUGCCCCCACGACUGUAAUGGGAUCACGUUUUCGGGUUUGCUUCUUCUUUACCUUAAAAUUCCUUUCAUUUUCUGGUUUUAAGGUAGAAGCAGAACCCUUCUUUACCUUUGUAUAAGCUAAGAUGAAGCUUUCACUUGCUUUCAAUGCUACUAUCUUGUUACUUCAUUUUUGCAGCGUGGUCUUUGGUCAGUUCAGGUUUUCAAAUGAGACUGACAUGAAAGCUUUGCUUGAGUUCAAGUCUCAAGUUUCUGAAAACAAGAGAGAGGUCUUGUCCUCAUGGAAUCACUCCUCCUCAUAUUGCAAUUGGAUUGGGGUCUUAUGUGGCCGCAAAGAAAGAAGAGUUAUAAGUCUGGACCUUGGUGGAUUCAAGUUGGCCGGUACCAUCUCACCCUCCAUUGGUAAUCUCUCUUUUCUCAGAUUACUUAAUCUUGGGGACAACUCUUUUGGAAGUACCAUCCCUCAAGAGGUGGGAAUGCUACAUAGGCUUCAGUACUUGAACAUGAGCUAUAAUCUUCUCCAAGGAAGGAUUCCGCCUAGUCUUUCUAACUGCUCUAGACUGUUGAACCUUGAUUUGUCGUCAAACCAGCUUGGACAUAACAUUCCCUCAGAACUUGGUUCACUUUCUAAGCUUGUCAUUCUGUUUCUGGAGCAAAACAACCUUACGGGACAAUUCCACUUAUCGUUAGGAAACUUGACAUCACUCCAGGAACUUGACUUUGCAUAUAACCAUAUGGAUGGGGAGAUUCCAGAUGAUGUCGCUAGAUUGACCCAAAUGGUGUACUUCCAAGCAGCAGUGAAUCAAUUUUCAGGUGUUUUUCCUCCUGCAUUGUACAACAUCUCCUCACUUGUGUAUUUAUCCCUAGCCACCAAUAGGUUUUCGGGUAAUCUUAGGGAUGAUUUUGGUGAUCUUCUACCAAACCUAAGUAUACUUCUUUUAGGAGAAAAUCAGUUUACCGGAGCUAUUCCCUUAACACUUGGCAAUAUCUCAAGCCUUGGAAGGUUUCAUAUCUCAUAUAAUUACCUGACAGGAAGUAUCCCUUUGUCCUUUGGAAAAUUAAGUAAUCUGUGGUGGUUAGGGAUGAGUAAUAACGCUCUGGGGAAUAACUCUUUCAGUGGUCUUGAAUUUAUUGCUGCAUUGGCGAACUGCACUCAAUUAGAGUUCUUAGAUGUUGGGGACAAUAGACUUGGAGGUGAGCUGCCUGCCUCCAUAUCCAGUCUGUCCACCAAGUUGACUAGUCUGUCCCUUGGAGGAAAUCUUAUCUCUGGGACCAUUCCAAGUGACAUCGGGAAUCUUGAAAGCCUGCAAGAACUCAGUUUAGAAACAAAUUUUUUGACAGGAGGACUGCCAGACUCUUUCGGUAAGCUUUUGAAAUUGCAGGUGGUGGAUCUGUAUUCAAAUGCAAUAUCAGGGGAAAUACCAUCUUAUUUUGGCAGCAUGACUCAGUUGCAAAAGCUCCAUUUGAAUAACAAUAGUUUCCACGGAAAAAUCCCUCAGAGUCUUGGACGUUGUCGAUACUUGCUAGACCUAUGGCUUGAUGCAAAUAGGUUGAAUGGGAGUAUACCUCAGGAAAUACUGCAAAUUCCAUCUCUCGCCUACAUUGAUUUGUCAGACAAUUUGUUGACCGGCUCUUUUCCGGAAGAGGUUGGAAAGUUAAAACUUCUUGUUGGACUAGGUGCUUCGAACAACAAACUAUCAGGACAGAUGCCACAGAGCAUAGAGGAUUGUCUCUCGUUGGAAUUUCUCUAUAUGGAAGGAAAUUCGUUUGAUGGUGCCAUUCCAGAUAUAAGCCGGUUGGUAAGCCUAAAAAUUGUUGACUUCUCCAACAACAAUUUCUCUGGCUGCAUUCCUCAAUAUCUAGCCAAUUUUCAUUUGCUGCGAAAUCUAAAUCUUUCUAUGAAUAAGUUCGAGGGAAGUGUGCCAACGACAGGAGUGUUUCGAAAUGCUACAGCAGUUUCUGUUUUUGGAAACAAAAAUCUAUGCGGAGGCGUCAGAGAAAUGCAACUAAAACCAUGCAUUUUGCAAGCACCACCAAGGAAGAAAAAGCCUCUUUUACUUAGAAAGAAAUUUGUCAGUGGUAUUGGUGUUGGUAUAGGUAUAGUUUCGCUUUUGUUAAUCAUAAUUUUGGCUUCUCUGUGUUGGUUCAUGAAGAGGAGAAAGAAGAAGAAUGCCAGUGAUAGUAACCAACCUGAUUCUAAAACUUUGGGGAUGUUCCAUGAAAAGGUAAGUUAUGAAGAGCUUGAUAGUGCAACAAAUGGCUUCUCUUCAACCAAUCUGAUUGGUUCAGGCAAUUUUGGUAAUGUUUUUAAAGGAUAUCUUGGCCUUGAGAAUAAACUCGUCGCUGUUAAAGUUCUGAACCUCUUGAAGCAUGGAGCAACUAAAAGCUUUAUGGCGGAAUGUGAGACCUUAAAAGGUGUACGGCAUCGUAACCUUGUUAGACUGAUAACAGUUUGUUCAAGCCUCGAUUCCAAGGGAAAUGAAUUCAGAGCUCUGGUCUAUGAAUUCAUGCCAAAAGGAAGUCUGGAUAUGUGGCUGCCGCCAGAAGAUGUGGAAAGGGGAGACGAUCAGUCGAGAUCCUUAACACUUGCAGAGAAACUCAACAUUGCAAUAGAUGUGGCUUCCGCUUUGGAGUAUCUGCACGUUCAUUGUCAUGACCCUGUAGCUCACUGUGAUGUUAAGCCAAGCAAUGUCCUUCUAGACGAUGAUCUGACUGCUCAUGUUGGUGACUUUGGUUUGGCUCGGCUCUUGUAUAAGUUUGAUCGAGAAUCCUUUCUGAACAAGUUUAGUUCUGGCGGUGUCAGAGGCACUAUUGGCUAUGCCGCACCAGAAUAUGGAAUGGGAGGCCAACCAUCAAUACAAGGAGAUGUGUACAGCUUUGGAAUUCUACUUUUGGAGAUGUUUACAGGAAAGAAACCGACAGAUGAAUCAUUUGCAGGCGAUUAUAACCUCCACAGCUACACGAAGUCAGUAUUGUCCGGUUACACAAGCAGUGGAGGCGGCAACGCCAUUGAUGAAUGGUUGAGACUUGUUUUGCAAUUGGGAAUAAGGUGUUCUGAAGAAUGUCCAAGGGAUAGGAUGCAAAUGGCUGAAGCAGUACGUGAAUUAAUCUCAAUCAGAUCUAAGUUCUUCCGUUCUGAGAUGACUACCACCGAGCUGAGUCCUCAGGAUGUUGUGCAUAGUUAUCCUCAGGAAUGGAUAUUAAAUGCUGACGUGCAUACAAUCUAGACCCCAAAAUGAUGACAUCACAAUCACCUUCAUAACUACUUAUGGUGAAACAGUGAAUGUGUAUCUGCUUCUGCUUCAUUCAAAACAUAAAGACUAUUGCGAUUGCAAGAAUGCUAAGCCAUUUUCUUAUAUCAAUAAAGAACAUUUUAUAAUCUACUCAUAUCUCUUUUGUAGUUUUUAUAAUCAUUUUCACUACUUACU